AUGCAACGAGCUCUCCUUCCCCGCCUCGCUCUCGGCCCGUCCUUCGCCACAGUUCGAACCCCAUACUUCUCAUCUCCACCCCCAGCCACACCUCACCCCCUCCUCUCUCACCACCCUCUCUUCCCCGUCCACCUCUAUUCCACCGGGCAAAAACCGCCGCCACCGCCACCGCCCAAUCCCAGUUUCGGCUCAGCAUCAUUCAAGGACCUCGGCGCGAACAGGACCGUGAAGAUCGUAGUCUACUUCUCGUUAGGUGUCAUCGCUACGCUGGAGACCGUGGCUUGGACGAAGUUUCUUUGGGCGAAGUUUGGGCCUGUAGCUAUGGAGGGAGGAGGGGAGGAAGAUUGA